CGGUGGCCCCGCCCUGUGUGAAACCGUGCGCGUUCUCGCCAGGGGAGGAAGGCAGUAAGCGCGGCCCCGUGUGUGAGGCGGAGGAUCCGGGAAGAUGGGGGAGAGAGCGGGAACACGAGUUUUCAAGAAAUCCAGCCCGAAUUGUAAGCUGACCGUCUACCUGGGGAAGAGGGAUUUUGUGGAUCACCUUGAUCGAGUAGAUCCUGUUGAUGGAGUGGUUCUGGUGGAUACAGAUUAUCUGAAGGACCGCAAAGUCUACGUCACACUGACCUGCGCUUUUCGCUAUGGCCGGGAGGACCUGGAUGUCUUGGGCCUGUCGUUCCGGAAGGACCUCUUCAUCUCCACGUUCCAGGCUUUCCCCCCACUGCCCGAGGAGAAGAAGCCUCUCACCCGACUGCAGGAGCGGCUGGUCAAGAAGCUGGGGGACCAGGCCCACCCCUUCUACUUCACGAUUCCACAGAACUUGCCAUGUUCAGUGACGCUCCAGCCAGGACCAGAGGACACCGGGAAGGCCUGCGGUGUUGAUUAUGAAAUCCGUGCCUUCUGUGCCAAAUCCAUGGAGGAAAAGAUGCACAAAAGGAACUCCGUGCGUCUGGUCAUCCGGAAGGUGCAGUUCGCCCCAGAGAAGUCGGGGCCACAGCCCAUAGCCGAGACCACCAGGCAUUUCCUGAUGUCCGACCGGUCGCUGCACCUGGAGGCUUCGCUUGAUAAGGAGCUGUAUUACCACGGGGAGCCCAUCAGUGUGAACGUGCACGUAACCAAUAACUCCAGCAAGACGGUCAAGAGGGUGAAAGUGUCCGUCCGACAAUACGCCGACAUAUGUCUGUUCAGCACAGCCCAGUACAAGUGCCCAGUUGCCCAGAUUGAACAGGAUGACCAGGUCGCCCCCAGCUCCACGUUCUGUAAAGUUUACACGCUCACCCCCCUGCUGUCCAAUAACCGAGAGAAGAGGGGCCUGGCCCUAGACGGGAAGCUGAAGCACGAGGACACCAACCUGGCAUCAAGUACCAUAGUGAAGGAGGGCUCCAGUAAAGAGGUGCUGGGGAUACUGGUCUCCUACAAAGUUAAGGUGAAGCUUGUGGUGUCCCGUGGAGGUGAUGUCGCUGUGGAGCUGCCUUUUGUCCUAAUGCAUCCAAAGCCCACAGAGCAGGUGACGCGCCUGCUGUCCGAGUUCCCUCAGACCGAUGCCCCGGUGGACACAAAUCUCAUAGAAUUCGAUACAAAUUUCCUUCAGGAUGACGACAUCGUCUUUGAAGACUUCGCCCGACUGAGGCUCAAGGGAUUGAAAGACGACAAGGAGGAUGACGAAGCCUACUGCUAGCUGGACCUGUGGGGGCUCCGCCCCCUGUCACUGGAGACCCCGCCCCCUCUGCCACUCUCGCAGAUUUACACGCGCACUCUCAAUGUGUAGCAAUAGGUGUAUAUGUAUAUAGCCUUGGAGGGGGCCUGCGUAGUCCAUACGUGCACAGACCCUCUCUUGCAGUGCUGGGCAUCAGGACGUAGGUGGCGCCAAACCUGGAGUCCGUCUGUAUAUUGGGAACAAUGAGCGCGUGACAAGGUUGUACAUAGGGGGGGGGGGAUCAGCUGCCAAUCACUGUACACAUGUGGAGCCAUACGUUGUAUAUAGAUGGCGGUCGAGCGGCGUUUAAUGUGUUUGAGUUACUCUCUAUAGUCUCGUUUUAUAACCAGCCGAUCAAACCUUUCUACACGAGCUACAAGCGUGCUCAUCUGUACACCCGUUUGGUUUUUGUGUGAUUUUUAUUUUUUUAUUUUUUUUUUUAUCGACCCCCCUCCCCCCCCAAAGCCCAGAUCCCCGUCUGCCCGGUACGCACAGACAGCACAGGUAAUAAUACUGCACUGCCUUCUCGCACCUUUCUAUCGAUGCCUCCGCAGGUUUUUUUUAUUAUUAACUGUGAAUUACCAAGAGCCGACUGCGGGGGGCGCCCUCCCUAAGGGCCAGUUUUAUGUCACUGUCAUAAGAUUUUACUGGAUUUUUUUUUUUAUUGUGUAGGGGGGAGGAGGGUUGACGCAUUUUGAGUCCUGCUGAUACGGGAGGAGGGGGGGCGGCACAGGGGGAUUACAUGGUCUCAGGGAGUUCUUGUUCAGCCUCAUAGCGCGACAAGUCUGGAUCUGCCCUCGGUAAACUCCCCUGGGGGGGGGGGGGGGGGCAGGAAUGACACACACGCACAUGUCGCUUCUGAUAACGUGACGAAAACAACAAUUUGUGAGUCUCUUCUGUAAUUAACUUCGCACAAACGGCAGGUGCCAUUCUCCCCUUUUUCCCCGUCCCCCUCCUAUUUUUAAUUUUUUUUUAUUUUUUCAGCUUUGAUCCGUAAUAUAUUUUGUCUUCAGAUGUAAAAUGAUCUUUUCUGUGUUGUCGAUUAAAGCUCCACAGGUUU